AAACACGGCAACCGCUGGGCGGCCGUCGCGGACGAGUUCCCCGGCCGCACCGGUCAGCAGUGCGCGCAGCGGUGGCGGCACAAGGUCAACCCGUCGAUUCGCAAGGACAAGUGGACCGAGGACGAGGACGUGCUGCUUCACGCUCUCGUUGAGAAGCUCGGGACGCGAUGGGCGCACAUCGCGGAGUCCAUCCCGGGACGCACGGACCAGCAGUGCAUGGGCCGCUGGCGACGCCACCUCGACCCCAAGGUGAAGCGCGACGCGUGGAGCACGAAAGAAGACCGCGCGCUCGCGGAGCUGAAGCAUCAGCACGGCACGAACUGGAGCUCGAUCGCCAAGUCGCUC